AUGGAGGCACCGCUUGUUGCAUUGGUGCGGAGCGGUACUUCGCAACUGCACCAAGACGGCCCAUUGACUCCUGAUCUGCAGCACUCAUUCUACAUGUCGGGCGAUUCCGACAAUGAUUCGGCUCAUCCUACACCUUCGGACAUGACCGUGCCCGCUCAGUCUGGCACAGAUGGCGGCAGCAACAACAACAAGUUGGUCAUUCGCGCCGAAGAGGAGGUGCGCAAGAUCCAUUACAUCGAUUCACCCACUCUUGACGGAACUUCAGCGAAGGCUACAGUGAUGGAAGCUCCGAGUCAACUUGCUGCCACAACAAGGGCGUCCCCAUUGCCUGCCGCAUAUGCCGCCGGUGGACCUCGCUCAGACAGCGCAUCUACCACCGGAGCCGCUUUCUCAGCUUCGAUAGCAGUCCCGGCAACCAUCUCGACUCCAACCCCCGCGCACGCUCCCUCUUCCGCCGCAUCCACACCCGCUUCGACGCUAGCUACACCGGGCGCAACACCGCAGCCGUACGCACGGAAGAGGGGCAGACCACGAAAGCAUCCACUUCCCGAUCCAAACGCACCGCCGAAGAGCAAGCGCAAACUCAGCCCUGCCGGUGUCGCUGCGGCUGCUGCCAGGCAGAAGGCAGCCGAGGUCGUGGCUGCCCGCUCUGCUGCUUCGACCGCUGGCUCGCUCCUCUCUGUCCCCGACCUAGGUCGUCUCAUUCCACAGGGCUCUUCCUCCGACAACGCGCAGAGCUUCAUCCAGAACAAUCUCCGCCUUUUUGCCGACCUCUUUGUCGCUCUGCAGAAGCAGGCCACCACAGACAAUUCGAUACGGAUUGACACCCAUGACGCUGUCCCGAUUCAGGAAGCUGCGAGAACAGAUCCAGAUCUGGACCACGACGGAUCCUCCAGUAUUCCUGUCGCAACUGUAGCAGCGGAGGAUGAGGGAUCAACGGUCGCUCUGACAACACCGAACGCAGGCACAAACCGCGGCAUCGCAGCCGCAGAAGCAAUCACAUCGUCUUCAACAGGUCUCGCCGAUCCUCUCGCUGGACCCAGCGAUGCCAUCCGCGACGAGAUCAAGAAAAAGAUGGUCGACGUCACCAAAGGUCGCGAAGCCAUCCAAGCCGAGAUGCUUCAGAUGCGCGUCGAUGCAAGCUUUUUCGAGCACGCGCAAAAGACGGUCGACGAACGCAUCACGGUGCUACGUGAUCGCAUCGCCAAACGCACGGCUCUGCUUCAGAGAGAGCGCGAAGCAACACGACAGGCUAGGGAAGCCACCCGCAAAGCCAAGAAAGAUCUCAAGGCAAGGGAGAGGGGCCUCCGCGAGAGCGAGAGGGAGGAGCGUCGGUUGGCACAGACCUUUGCGCAGCUCGAGCGCGAGAUUGCCGCGGAAGAGGAGGAGCGACGUCGACUGGAAGAGGGCGAAUCGAGCGACGACGAGGGCGGAGAGCAGAUCGUCGCACGCCAGCCGUUGUAUGGGAUGGGUUCGACUUCGCUCGGCGCAAGUCCGUCGGAAGCAACGUCUGUCAGUGCGACAGCGACGCCUUCCAUCGCCACUGAUGCCGCAAUGACUCCUGACCGAGCUGUCGGGUUCAGCGACGAGGAGCUCGCCAAGGUGCUCGGCAUCUCGACCGGCGAGUUGGCGGGUUUCAGCCAGACGCUCGAGCUCACACCUGCUCUGUCGGGUUCGCCCUCGCAUCCUCCGGUCGGCAGCAGCAGAGGCAAUGACGAUGUUGCUCCCUCGACGUUCGCAUCGGCGAUAGAACCGGCGGGAGAUGCUUCCGGUUCGCACGCAGACGGCUUUGACGUUGCUGCGUUCCUCGAGAUGGCUGGUUCGUUUGGCAGCAGUAGCACUGGUGACCCUGCAGCGACACAGCAGCACUAG